UUAAUAAUAAAUAAAAUUAUUAGAAAUGUCAGAUGUUAUUGAAGAAAGUAUUGUACAAAUUUUAGAUGGUAAAUUUCUUGAUGAUAGUGAUGAUCUUUGUGACUUUACAUUAUCAGAACAAAAUGAAGCAAUAGAAUCAAGAGGUAUUCAACCAUCAGCAAGUUCAAGUUACGUUCCAAUAUGUCAAAAAACAGUGACAUAUAUUGUUGCAGCAGUAUUGAUUAAUGAAGAUAAUGAAAUUCUCAUGAUACAAGAAUCAAAAUCAUCAUGUAAUGGUAAAUGGUAUUUACCUGCUGGACGUGUUGAACCAAAUGAAAAUUUAAUUGAUGCUGUUAAAAGAGAAGUACUUGAAGAAACUGGUUUAUUUAUGGAAGCUAAAACUUUGAUUAUGGUUGAAUGUGCAAGUGGAUCAUGGUUUAGAUUUGUCAUGACUGGUAAUGUUAUUGGUGGUAAAUUAAAAACAAUUGAACAAGCUGAUGAUGAAUCAUUACAAGCAAGUUGGAUUAAAAAUAUUGAACAGCUUGAACUUAGAUCAUCUGAUAUAUUACCACUUAUACAACGUUGUAAAGAUUAUAAAAAUAAUCAAGCUGAUUCAUGGCAUUUGUCAUUAUUGCCAUCAGUCAAAAGUAGAAGUAAACUUUAUCUACGACUUGUUACUUGUAUCAAAAAAAAAUCAACAAAUCGUAUGCAUGUUUUGGUGUCAGAGAAAACAACACUUCAUCUGCCAAUUUGUGAAAUAAAUCCUAGUAGAAAUUUACAUUCUACACUUCAUAAAUUUAUGGUGGAAAUAUUUGGUGAAGAUGUUGCACAACAUAGACCACAUGGUUUAUUGUCUGUUGAAUUUAGUGAUGGUGAUGGUGGUGAUGGAGUUUGUUUUACUCUACUUGUUUCAUUCAGACCACCACUUGAAGAUGUACCAAUUAAAGGAAAAUACAUUUGGCAUGAACUCACACAAAAUAAUGCUGAUUUAAUAUCAUCACGUUUACCAAAAAACAUGACUAUUCCUCUAAAUGUUGUACGUUAA